AGGGGACGGCGAGGGAGGGUAGAAGUUAAGGAGUCAGUCCUCUGCCAUUGUUCUUGUUCUGGAAGUCUGAGAACGGGACGGGACGGCGCUGGUCGGGUACCGGACGGCGGUCUGUCGUUAUGACGGGCUCCGGUCCGAAGCUCGGGGUGCUAUUGCUGCUGGCGAUCCUGCUGCAGACUGUGGUCGUCACCAUCACCGUACUGCACUUCACCACGGCUCUCAAUUCGAUGAAGGAGACGUUUGCCAGGAGCAGUGUUUCCUGUCUGACGGGCACUGACCUGCAGAGCAUCACAGCUGUUCGGGGGGAUCCGUGCUGGCAGGUCACUCAGCAGCUUCACCUGCUCAUUGAGAAGUCUCUGUCUCAGCGUUACCAGAAGCAGAUUUCGUCGGCAGUCAGAGAUGAAGUAUCUCGGGUGCUGCCCUCGCUCGUGAUGGUGGACAGAGCUUCACCUCGCCCUAAAGUUGCAGCCCAUGUCACGGGCAGCUUUGUGUCCAAACUGGAGCGAGAGGGAGGAGCUCCGGUCUCCACCGGGCGUCGAGCUCAGGGCCAGAAGAUCUCAUGGUGGGAGGGGCAGAAGGGGCUGGCCUUCCUCCAAGACGUCCAGCUGGUGGACGGGGAGCUGGUGGUGCCGCAGCCCGGCCUGUACUACGUCUACGCCCAGACGUACUUCAGACACACCCACUCCCUGGAGGAGGAGGGCGAGGACGGCGAGGAGGCGGAAGACAGAGGGAGACCCCUGCUGCAGUACGUCUAUAAAAAGGUGAGCUCCUACCCAGUUCCCAUCCUGCUGAUGAAGACGAGCCGAACCUCCUGCUGGUCCCGGGGCUCCCAGUUUUCUCUCCACUCCGCUCACCAGGGGGGGCUGUUCCCGCUCAGCACUGGCGACCGGCUGUUCGUCACAGUGACCAACGCCUCCGCUGUGGACAUGGACGAAAAGAGCAGUUUCUUUGGGGCGUUUCUCAUCAGCUAGACAAUCAGAUGAGGGAUCGACUGUCAUGUUUUUAAUGUUGGUGAUGGAUGAAUCUGCAGCCUCUUGACUUCUACUAUUAAUGAACCCAGAAAAACUGCAACAGAGAGUCCAUUUGGAGGUUUGUCUUACUUUUUUUGUUUCAGGAUCACAAGCCAAAAGAAAAUUAACAACACUGGUUUCAUGGGUGGAGAAGAGACUGGUAUGGAUUUGGGGCUGUGUGUAUGAGUGAGAGCUAAGACUAUUAAAGUUAGUGUGGCUUUGACUCGACAGAGAUUAGUUUCUGUUGUACAAACAUUUCUUUAAGGCAGAAGUUCCCUAAAUUUUUACAGGUAAAUUUAAGUGCAGAGCAGCAGGUUUUCUGCAUUAACUUUCCUAACUGGUCUUUAACAGCUAAGAGGAAAUUUUCUACUACAUGAUGGUUUGGUCGUGGUUAGUUAACCUACACUGUUCUGAGCUGACAUUCUGUACACAAAGGUUUAAUUCAGAUGUGAUUUGCCUUGGUAUCUUCAUGCCAUUUUACUCUGACGCCUGAUUUAUUAGUGGUUUUGUCCGGUCACUUGGGUUUUUUGUCUUUUUCCUCAGUAAAUCCUUGAAGCAGUUAUGCACAAAUAGCACACAAUGACAGGCAUUGGUUGGUGCUAUAACCUCAAGCGCUGGCGCCAAAUAUCAAGAUUUCUUUAAGGUCAGUACGGUCACUGGUUUUCCAGACAUGUUUAAGGGUUCAAGCCUGAAGGGCUGUUUUUUGUUUUUGUGCUGGUUUAUUAUUUUUCUUCAGAAAUGUUUUUGCAAAUUCCCAUGAGAUGGUACAUGGCAGACAUGUACAUGAAAUUUGAAAAACAUGAAAUUUUCACCAAUGUAGGGUGUUUUGAACAAAUGCUCCUCAACAAAAUUGACCCUGAUUAGCCUGACUGAGAUGCUGUAAAGAAAGGUCAACUUUGAAAAGUCACAACUCAUUCAGUGUAAGCUUUACACAGAACUUGCCUCAAAAACCACUAAAGUCCAAGUCUGGAUUUUCUACCAUUUGUUUGAAAAUCACAUUUUUGACAUCUACUCCUGAACCGUAGGUCUGACUUUUACAUUUUCUGUGAAUCAUUAUUCGACGAAGUUUAUCAAAGUGUUUGAAAAGCUUGUUGAUAUCUUACAGUGUUUUGAAUAUAUUGACCGAUGAACUUCAGUAGAGGUGUAGCUUAGUACAUAAAUAGACCUAGCUCCGUAACAGUUGGGCCAGUCAUCACAGAUCUUACAGGAUAUGUCCAGUAAGUCAGUUAUGUCAUUCACACAAAUAAAAUAUUUGGGUCCAAACAAUAUACAAAAAAAAACUCCUAUGUAAGAUGAACAUGUUAGUAAAAGCACUAAAAGGUAACUGAUAACACAGAGUCCCAUUAUUCAGUCACGGCCUACGUAAGUAUCUUAAACAUACCCUUAAAGUUUAAUUCAAAUUGACCACUAGGGGGCACUAGGGAUGCAAAAAAAAAAAAAAAUGGGCGUGGAAUAACACACAUCAGACUAAGAAUCAGAAAUUAUUUGUUCAAUAUUACGAAACAAGAUAUGUUUCAUAAUAGUGUUGAACAACUUGUGUACAAUUAUUCAAAAUUGCUCAGAAGGGGGUGUCACUGGUUCUAGACAGAGCAAUUGGCCUGGUGCAAAAUUUGGCCAUAAAUCAAUGACAGUUUUUCCAAACAUCACCAAACUUGGUAGAUAGGCUAUUUUUAAUCAAAGUCGUGGAAAACAUGUCCCCAAAAUGUUUUUUUUUUUAAAUUGACCAAUAAGGGGGCAACAACACUGCUGAAGAACAGCGUGGCCUGGCACAGGUUUGGUUAUAAUAGAAUGAGCAUCUGUCUGAUGUCAUAAAAUCUGUUAAUUAUCUUUCAUGAAGGUGUUGGAAACUGUCAAAGGUCUCGAUCCUUUGCAGUUUUCAGAUUUUAACAGUCUGUGUUGGCUUGAACCCCAGAAAUGCCACAGGGGCUACAUUACUCAUUACUUACAUUAUUCAGGUGUCCCUUCAGCGUGUCUGUAAUAUCUAAUGAUGAUCUUCCAAAGCUAGACUGUAUUUUCAAAUUUUAAAUGUUGUUUUAGAUGCAAAGCACUUUGUGAAAUUGGCUUGUAACUCAACUCACAAAGUCACAAACUCACCCGUAACAGCUCACAGAUUCUGCACAUGCUGACCUGUGCCACCAAUAGGAAAAGACAGUUGUAGCAGUUUAGACUUUUGGGUACUUUGCAUACAUUACACUCACUCCCAUCUUAUUAAUUUUGUAGCAAAUGCUGCAAAAUUGGGGUCUGCCCUAAAGAAUUGUUUGUAUAAAACUCUUACCAGCUGAACAUUCGUGAUUAUCUGUGUCCCUGGAUGUGUGUUUGUGUAAAGAUGUAAAUAUUGUGCUAUAUUUUGUGUUUUUGUUUUUCCAUUAAGCUUGCAAAUUCUGGGUCUGGAGCUCUCCAUGAACUCUCUUCUUCUUAAGUUUCCUUCAGUGAGAUGUUGAACAUGAGGGUGGAAGCCUUACCGUCUGAGACUGUUUACUGGUUUGUGGGCCUGUGCUACCAUUACAGGCCUUUCAGACAAUUAGUUGACGGCCAUGUUGAAAGAUUAAAGGUGUAAAAUCACCACCUUUUCCUUCAGGAGGUUUACAGUACCAAUUUUAAAGCACUCCCCCUUACAUAUCCAGCUUUGUGUUGUGUUUCUGUUGGCUGCAGGGCCACAGUCUCUCCCUCUGCUGCUGGCUUGUCCAUUGUAACUGUUCUCCAAAUGGUGCAUUAAACUUUCCCUAAACGGUUGGUAUUCUCGGGCAUUCAUGUCAUGCUGGAUUAGCUGCAGAUGUGACCUGCAGACUUGGAAAACAAUCAUGCACAUCAGCAUACAAACAGUAGAAAUGUGGGAUUUUGUUUUUGUCUAUAGCUCCUGUUUUCCAUGUGAUGUAUCGAACUGUUUGUAAUGAACACUGCAGUAAAUCCUCUGAAGCUCAAGGACAUAUAAACCAAAAUGAUCAGUUAUGUUUGACUUAAAGGGAGCUGGAUGUAUCAGUGGAUAUAACCGGGGUCAUUCCUGAUUUAGGAAAUAUUCAUUCUUAACUUAAACUCUACUUACUGGAUUUCUCCUUGGACUCAAAGCUGCAUCUUGUGACCUUCAUCAACAAUUUACAUAUACCACUGCCUGUCAUUAGUGACCAGUUUCAUACUUAGGUCAGGUGAAUAACCUCCAUGACAACUUGGACAAAUUCAUCAAGAACAAGUUGUUUUCCAGGGCGUCGGUGGCUUAGUGGUAGAGCAGGCGCCCCAUGUGCAAGGCUGUUGCUGCAGCAGCCUGGGUUCGACUCCAGCCUGUGGCCCUUUGCUGCAUGUCACUCCCCCUCUUUCUCCCCCCUUCACACGUGUCUGUCCUAUCCAUUAAAGGCUGAAAAUGCCCUCAAAAAAAAGAACAAAUUGUUUUCCUCACACAAAUACAAAAGAAGAAUCCAAAAAACAGGGAAAAUCUUCAUGAAUUGACGUCAUAGCGGUCUGCGUUUAACAACAGCAAAGCUGUGUGAUGCUAACAGUUAACCCUGUCACUGUGUGUGUGUGACUCUGUACCAGUCAAAGAACUUCAGUCCUGUAGAGAGGGGGGCUGAAUGAAUGAAUACACUGCACGCAGCUCUACAAUGAAAUGAUUUCAAUCGUCAUAAUUUGCAGUAAAGUUGCAGUGAUUGAUCAAAAAAACAAAGUCGCAGAAUGCACGGGAAUCCGCUUAAUUUGUGUUCAUGGUGAUCACAACAUUGCAAAAUCCUGGAGGGACUAUGUUUCAGCAAAGCCGCUAAAUGAGACUUGGAUUAUUGUGAGUUAUGUGAGAGUUUGCAAAAAGAUGUCUUGAUAUAGUUUUGUUGUUGUUAAAUGCAGACCCCCUUUAAUUCUCAAGGAAUAUGCUCCAUUUUUGGAUUUGCCAUUCAUGGCGGAGGCGUGCGAGAAAAAUAACAUUUCUGGGAGGAGGGAGUUUUCCUCUGAUUCAUUUAAGUCAUAAAGAUUUUUACCAUAAUGAUUUUCAA